AUGUAACUAUUAACCAUUUUAAUUAAAUUAGAGGCUGAAAGUUCCUUUUAAAGAUAUAGAAAUCCUUUGAAUGAGUGUCAUCAUAAGAGCGAAUCAAAUUCGUUUGAGCAUAAAUAGGGUGAUCUCCAAUAUCCAAUUCAACAAUUUCCAUACUUUCAAUCAACUCCUAUAUUUCCCAUCUUAGGAGAACCAAAAAAUGAGUUUGUAGAAACAGCAAACCAAUUCAUUAAGCAUGGCAUGUAAAAUAGCUUGGCGAGUAUGAUUUAAAAGUAGAGCAUUGUUUAAAAUGAAUUCAAAUUAAAUUAAACUACUUAUGGAUGCAAAAAAAUGUGUGAAAUUGAUUGCAUGUUGGUAGAAAGAUAUUUUAAUCAAAAAUAUUGGAUAUUCUAAAAUUCAAAUCAGAAGUACCAGCUUGAUUAAACUAAAACAAAAAAUUCGGAUUGGUUAAAAGCAAGAAUGCAACAUCGAUAUAAAUCACAAAUUUAUGAUGCAUUCUCAGAAAUGAUAGAUCUCAUAUUCAAAGAAGGCGAAAUUCAAAUGAAUUCUAGAACUCACGUUAUUAAAAUACAGAAUCUCAAAGGAUUCUAAAAUUUAGAGAGGCAAAUUUAAAAGGCUGUUAAGACUGAGAAAAAAUUUGAUGCGUUUCUAUUUGAAAUAUAAAAAGUUUUAGCGGAUUUUAUAUUUUCAACUCUAAAUUGA